AUGGCUGAUUCAAAGAACACUCCGGAGAAGACCCCUCCACAACACUUCGAGGAUACACCCACCCAAGACUCCCUAUUCAGCGCCGAUCUCAAGCAAGAUGGACUUGUCACAGAUGCGGAGUCAUCCAGCCUCGGCUCACCGACCUUUGAGGGGGUUGAUGAAAAGGCUAUCCUCCGGAAGAUGGACAUCCGUCUCAUUCCCAUGCUGAGCAUGCUAUAUCUGCUGGCCUUCUUGGACCGUGGGAAUAUCGGAAAUGCAAAGAUAGAGGGGCUUGUUGACGAUCUCCGUAUGACGGGACCGCAAUACAAUUGGACUUUGACCGUCUUCUUCUUCACCUACUGCGUUUUCGAACUUCCUAGCAACCUACUUCUAAAGAAGUUAAGACCAUCGAGAUGGCUCCCCUUGAUCAUGGUCGCUUGGGGAAUUGUUAUGACCUUGAUGGGAGUCGUCAAAGAUUACGGUGGACUACUCGCAGCUCGAUUAUUUUUGGGCAUUGCAGAAGCCGGAUUGUAUCCCGGUGUAGCAUACUACAUUACACUCUGGUAUCCACGCCAUCGAGCACAGUUUAGACAAGCUCUCUUCUUUAGUGCCGCCAGUGUUGCGGGUGCAUUCUCUGGGCUUCUUGCAUACGCUAUCGCUAAAAUGGAUGGUGUCGGCGGAUACGCUGGCUGGAGAUGGAUUUUCAUUCUUGAAGGUCUUCUUACAGUUAUUGUGGCACUCAUAGCCCCAUUUGCGAUUCACGACUCCCCGGAAACUGCCACUUUUUUGACUGAAGAAGAGCGUCGAUUUGUGAUCCACAGUUUGCGAAUUCAAAACUCGGCAGAUUCCCGCGAAAUUGAUCAAACGAAUGAUAAGUUCGAAAUGCGCUAUGUCAUCGAUGCUUUCACCGACUGGCAAAUUUGGUUGGGUCUAUUCGUGUACUGGGGUAUCACUUGUCCGCUAUACGGCAUUUCCCUUUUCCUUCCUUCAAUCAUCAAGGACCUAGGCUAUAAGGCUUCAACUGCCCAGCUCCUUACAGUACCAAUUUAUAUCACUGCAGCGGUUAUCGCUGUUAUUGCAGCCUGGGUAUCAGACAGGCGCAAGCAGCGAUCCCCAUUCAUUCUCUUCUUUAUGGGCAUGAUUGGUAUCGGCUUUAUCAUCUGUCUCGCGUCUACUGGUCGGGGAGUCCCAGGUGUUAUGUACUUUGGUAUUUUCCUGGCGGUUGUCGGAAUUUAUCCAGCAUUCCCCGGAAACGUCACAUGGCUCAGUGUGAAUAUGGCAGGCGACUACAAGCGUGCUGCCGGCAUGGCUAUUUACAUCGGAGUAGGCAACCUGGCAGGAGCUAUGUCCUCAAACUUCUACCGUGCUCAAGAUGCGCCGAAUUACAUCCUUGGUCACUCUCUUGAACUUGCAUUCGUUGUCGUGGGCAUGACAGCAGCUGUCAUUCUACGUAUGGCAUACCAGCGUGUUAACCGGAAGCGGGAUGCCAUGGAUCCUUCGGAGUAUCCUGAGAAUCCCGACUCGCUGGGCGAUCGCUCUCCGUUCUUUAGAUACAUGCUUUGA